AUGAGGUAUGAUGGGACCCAAGACCCACAAGAGCAUUUGAUAGCCUUCGAGGCCAGGAUGAACCUGGAAGGGGUAGGCGACGAGGUAAGAUACCACGCUUUCCCGGUCACUUUGGCAGGACCUGCAAUCCGGUGGUUCAGCAACCUCCUGCAAGGCUCGGUAGUCAAGUUCUCAGACAUCAGCCGCGCGUUUUUGGCCAAGUUCACUACCCGUAUUGCAAAGGUGAAACACCCGAUCAACCUACUCGGUGUGACACAAAGACCCGGCAAACCGACCAGAAAAUUCUUGGAUAGGUUUAACGAUGAGUACUUGGAAAUCGAUGGCCUAACCGAUUCGGUGGCUAGUCUGUGUUUGACGAAUGGACUUCUAAAUGAGGAUUUUAUAAAGCAUCUAACCACCAAGUCGGUGUGGACGAUGCAGGAAAUGCAGAACGUGGCUAGGGAAUAUAUCAACGAUAAAGAACACGGUAGCGGGGAAAGGCUGAAGGAGCACACCAAAGACGGAGUGCCGGCCAGGACAUCCAAGCCGUUUCCCCGGGUGGGAAAGUUUACUAAUUAUACCCCUUUCACAGUCCCCAUUGUAGAAGUUUACCAGCAAAUAGCUGAGAAGGGGAUUCUGUCGAAGCCUCGACCCCUGAAGGACAGAACCAGAGGGAACAAGAACCUCUAUUGCGAUUAUCACAAGGGCUAUGGGCACAAGACACAGGAUUGUUUUGACGUGAAGGAUGCGCUGGAACAAGCAAUCUGGGAUGGAAAGCUAGUCGAAUUCUCCCACCUCAUCAGGGAGCCGAGAAGACGAGAACGAGACUGA